CCGGGGGGAAUUAGUGUAAACUUUUCAUGAGGCCAAUAGGCAUAGAUAGACAUGCAUAGGACCAAAAUUCCCAUCCAAUAAAAUUCUCACCUUUCUCCCCAACCCCACAACUGCUUCAUACAUGUUAGCCAUCGCCGUCACCGAUGAUGGCCAGAACCGGCUGCCGGAGCAGAGCGAACAGGAUCCGGCGACCCCAAGAGUGUUGUCGAUCUUAUCUGUUGUUCUGGAAAGACUAGUGAACCGGAAUGAGAUAUUGAGUUUAAGCAGCGGCGGCGGAGCACCUGCACGGCUGGGGAAAAACUUGGAUGCGUUUCACGGCGUUAGACCGCCGGCAAUCACGAUAGCCAAGUAUCUAGACCGGAUAUACAAGUACACAAACUGUAGCCCGGCUUGUUUCGUGGUGGGGUAUGUUUAUAUAGACCGGUUGGUUCACAGACAUCCCGGUUCGCUAGUGGUGCGGCUAAAUGUUCAUAGACUGCUUGUUACAAGUAUUAUGGUGGCUGCUAAGAUUCUGGAUGACGUACAUUACAACAACGCAUUUUAUGCCCGAGUUGGGGGUGUGACGAAUGCCGAGUUAAACAGGCUUGAAGUGGAGUUCCUUUUCAUGUUAGAUUUUGAGCUCACAGUCACCUCUCGUGUCUUUGAGAGUUAUUGUCUUCAUUUGGAAAGGGAAAUGAUACUAUGGAAUGGAACUACGACACUCAAGAUUGAAAGAGGAAUUCAUACAACAAACACCAUCGAAGACAUUGCUGAAAUUCCGAUAGAAGAAGACAUGGAAAGUUUCUCUUCAACUCUUUCAAACGGUGGCCUUACCUAAAAAUUUAGAUUUAUAUUUACAUUUGUAUCCCCGAUAAAUAUUGUGAAUGAG